AUGUCGAGAGCAGCGCAACAAACGAAAUCGGUCCUCCUCUUUGGGGACCAGACAGACUCAUGGGGCGAGGGUCUUGACCAAGUCUACAAGCAGGCCGGCUCAAUGCCAUGGCUGCAGUUAUUCCUGGACGAGUUGACCAGGGUAGUGAACGAGGAGACAAGAGCAGUAAGGCUUGAUCCCGUGUUGCAAGAGAGCCUUGGUACUUUCUCGAGCCUAUACGAGCUUGGUGAACGGUAUCGGCACACGACAGACGAGCUGGGCAUGGCACAUUGCCUGCUCCUGCACACGGUCCGAGCCAGUAAUCUCUUGCAGUGGGUGACACGAGACGCGAGCAUUCUCGUGAAUAGUGGACAAACGGAAUGGCUCGGCAUUUCAGGUGGCCUAAUAAGUAUGUCUGCAUGGGCCAUCUCUGCAGAUUUCGACAACCUCCGCGCCGCCCUGCUCGAGAUAGCCCGGCUCUUGGUGCGGCUGUGCAAGUUCACUUCUGUCAAGUCCAGGUCGGUAGAGGACCGUCCUGGUAUCUGGGGCUGGGCUGUCGUUGGUGUUUCGCUAGAGGACCUCAGCAAGACAUUGGAGCAAUUCCAGCAAAGCGUCGGUAUCCCACCCUUGAAGAGAGCAAAGCCUGGUGUCACCGGAGCCGGCUGGAGCACCAUCAUUGGGCCGCCCUCGGUUCUGGAGCAGUUUGUUAAGCAAUGUCCCGCCAUGAAGCGGGUCGCAAGCAACCCGCUCAAGAUUCAUGCUCUCCAACACACCAUCGACCUCGCCCAAGCAGACAUCGACUUCAUUGUCGGCAACAACAGACAGCUCCUGGACAGACCGAUCUGCGCCACAGGUCGUAACCUGUGGGGCAUGGAUGAGCCCGAUGCUACGUAUGCUAAUUGGGGAGACAUGCUCGGGGCCAUUUGCUCGCAGGUCUUGUCCCGUGGUCUCGACAUUACCAAGGCCAUUGGCAAGAUGAACGCUACCCUUGGUGGCGUCGAGUCGGUCAGGGUCAUUGAGAUGGGAGCUACCAGCCACACCUCGUACCUAGUUGGUACUCUGGAGAAGACAGUAAAAGUGGUGUCGCUCCAGGAUGGAAAGACUCUGCUUCAGGCACAGGAUGGACAGCCACCAGCCGCUCCCGCCGGCCGGAUCGCCAUUGUGGGCGUGUCGGGACGUGGUCCGAUGUGUGACAACAUUGACGAGUUCUGGAAUGUGGUGAUGAACAAGACAGACACCUGCACCCAAGUGCCCAAGGACCGCUUCGACAUCGACGAGUUCUACUGCACAGAGCACGCUCGUGGAGGGAAGUGCACCAUGACCACCAAGUACGGCUGCUUCAUGGAUAAUCCCGGCCAUUUCGACUCCCGGUUCUUCCACAUAUCCCCUCGGGAAGCUAUGCUCAUGGAUCCAUGCCACCGGCACUUCUUGAUGAGCACCUAUGAGGCGCUCGAAAUGGCCGGCUAUUCAGAUGGCAAAACCAAGUCGACAGACCCCAACCGGAUCGCCACGUUCUACGGCCAAGUCACUGACGACUGGCACGACCAGUCACAUCCGACUCUCGGCUGUGAUGCCUACACAUUGCCUGGUGUACAGCGAGCGUUUGGUCCAGGCCGCGUCGCUUGGCAGUUCAACUGGGAGGGCCCGACGUACUCGCUCGAUUCUGCCUGCGCCUCUGCGACCUCCUCUAUCCACCUCGCCUGUAUGAGUCUCCAGACUCGAGAUAUUGACAUGGCUGUCGCCGGCGCCAGCAACAUUCUCAACUACCCGCACUCGUUCGCUUGUCUCAGCAAAUCCGGCGUGCUGUCGGACACAGGUAACUGCAAGACAUACCGCGACGAUGCCGACGGGUAUUGCCGCGCUGACUUUGUUGGAUCAGUGGUGCUGAAGCGCCUGGAGGAUGCUGAAGCCGACAACGAUAAGAUCCUCGCCGUGAUUGCAGGAUCCGGACGAAACCACUCCGGUAACUCGCCAUCCAUCACCACGUCAGAUGCGGGCGCUCAGGAACGCCUGUUCCGCAAGGUCAUGCGCAACGCCCACGUCUCUGCCGAUGAGAUCUCGUACGUGGAGAUGCAUGGAACAGGCACCCAGGUUGGCGACCCGGCCGAGAUGGGCGCCGUGGGCAACCUCCUCAAACACACACGGCGAGCUGACGGACCGAUCCCCGUGGGUGGUGUCAAAGCCAACUUCGGCCAUGGAGAAGCUGCUGCUGGCAUGGCCUCGCUGAUGAAGUGUAUCAAGAUGUUCGAGACGAACGUGAUUCCUCCCCAGGCAGGCAUGCCGCACGCCCUCAACCCCAAGUUCCCUCCGCUCGCCGACUUGAACGUCGAGAUCCCCUCGGAGCCCAAGGAGUUCAAGCGCAAGGGCAACGCGCCCAGACGUAUUCUGCUGAAUAACUUUGAUGCCGCUGGAGGCAAUGCCUGUAUGCUGCUCGAGGAGUACAUGGGUAAGAGUGGUGCGGUUGAGGCCGAAACCACGGCGGAUCCACGAUCCAGCCAUGUCGUUGCCCUCUCUGCUCGAACUCCUGCGGCUCACCUGGAAAACAAGCGUCAACUUCUCGCUUAUUUGCGUGCCAACUCAAACGCCAAAAUUGAGGACAUCGCGUACACCACCACCGCUAGGAGGAUGCACCAUCCCAACCGAUUUGCCUGUACGGCUCCAACCACCAGCGUCCUCAUCAACAAGCUGGAGAACGACAUCGCCGGCCAAGAUUCUCUGUCGGCCACUCCCCCAUCACAUGUCGCGCCUAUUGUCUUUGUCUUCACGGGACAGGGCUCUCACUACGCCGGGAUGGGCAGCGAGUUGUACCGGACAAGUCCUGCGUUUCGCGAGUCCGUCGACCUCUGCGUGCGAAUCGGAGAGCAGCACGGCUUCCCACCGUUCAUCCAUCUCAUCACCAAUAGCGAGAUCGACAUGGCGUCCAAGACCACGGCCCAGACCCAGCUGGCUGUGCUGACUCUGGAGAUUGGCCUUGCUGCUUUCUGGAAGUCGGUUGGCGUGCAGCCGGUCAUGGUUAUGGGGCAUUCGUUGGGCGAGUAUGCCGCUCUGUAUGUUGCAGGUGUUCUCUCCCUGGCGGACGUCAUCUACCUAGUUGGCCAACGAGCUGCGCUUUUGCUUGAACGAUGCGAGGCAAACACGUUUGCCAUGCUCUCUGUGACCAUCUCCGCUACCGAGGCUAAAGACUUCCUCGACUCUCGUCCGCAGUACUCAUCCUGCAGCAUCUCUUGUAUCAACAGCACGACUGCUUCCGUCAUUAGCGGCAGCACUGAUGAGAUCAACAAGCUUCAGUCCGAGUUGACUGCCCGCUCCAAGGCUCUCGCCGUCCCCUAUGGCUUCCAUUCUUUCCAGGUGGACCCCGUGCUGGCUGACUACAAAACUCUCGCCGAGGGUGUCACGUUUUUGUCGCCCAAGAUCCCUGUGGCAUCGACGUUGCUUGGAUCCAUUGUCGACGCCCAGGGCACUUUCAAUGGCCAAUACCUUGCUCAGCAGACGCGCCGACCCGUGGACUUUGUCGGAGCUCUGAACGCUAUCAAGGGGAAGCUCGUCGACCCCAUCUGGAUCGAGCUGGGACCUAGCAGGGUCUGCACAUCCUUUGUCAAGACUACCCUCUCGCCUGCAACGAACAAGGUCAUGUCGACACUGGAGGGUUCCAGUGGUGCCACCGCCUGGACAUCCAUCUCCAAGUGCAUGGCAGCAGCAUACCUGCUGGGCGUCCACAUCGACUGGCUCGCCUUCCACCGGCCGUACGAGAGACACCUGGAGAUACUAAAGCUGCCGGCAUACGCGUGGGACAUGAAGGACUACUGGAUCACAUUCUCCGAAGCCAGGGACGGCGAUCAAACGGCUGUAGCAGCGCCUGCCAGCACGGCUACUAGCCAGCAGAUGAUCUCAACCCUUGCGCAGUACCUUGUCCAAGAAUCGUCGUCUGCUGGAAAGAUUUCGGUGACGCUGCGUGCUUCCCUCGCCGAGCCGGGUCUGAGCGCCAUCAUCGACGGUCACCGAAUGGAAAAUCUUCCCAUCUGCCCCGGAAGUGCGUUUUGCGAGGCUGCCUAUGCAGCUGCGGCGUAUGUACUCGAGGCCAACGGCAGGAAGGCAGAUGCCAACGUCGCCAAGUUGUCGCUACGCAGCCCGCGAAUGAACCGCCCCUUGACGAGGAACCUCGUCGGUGCUGAUGGCGAGCUAUUCACCACGGUGACCAUGGAGAAGACUAGCAACGACAUUCAGAUAUCGUGGAAGGCAUCGUCGGCGUCCAAAGGUCCCACGUACGAUCUUGGAAGUUGCUCGUUGAUCGUCUGCCCUGAUACCGAGGGUCUGCAGGCUACGUGGGACCGAACCUCAUAUUUCAUCAAGGCUCGGAUGGACGACAUCAUUCGGUCUGCGAAGGAGGGACGGGGCCACAGGUUCCAGCCUGACAUCUUCUACGCUCUCUUCGCGCCCACCGUCAAGUAUGACUCCGAGUUCAAGUCCCUUAGAGAAGCAUUCAUCUCCAGCGACUUCUCAGAGGCUGCGGCAGAGAUUGUGCUAAAGGAUCACCCUGCCAGCACCCGCUUUGUGGCGUCACCAUACUGGGGCGAGAGCGUCACCCACCUGGCGGGCUUCGCAGUCAAUGCGAACCCGGAGAACUUCAAGACAGCCGCCGGUUCGUGCUUCAUCAACAGCGGCUUCGAGAGCUUCGAGCAGACGGUCCCCUUCGAGGCCGGAAAGGCUUACUUGACGUACGUCCGUGUCUCGGAGAAGGACAAGGAGAACAAAGUCUGCGACGUCUUCGUGUUCAACUCCAACAAUCAGCUGGUUGCGCAGUGCUCGGGUCUCAACUUUCACAUCAUCAACAAUGCGACGCUGCAGCAAGCUCUUGGCGGCAAGUUAAAGGCUCCCAAGCCUGGCACUCAGAGCCGGAGCAUUGCCAAGGCGAGCCCACCAAAGGUCGCGGAGAAGGAGGCGACACCGGCUCUGAAGAAGGCCGCAAAGCCGCAGGAGAAGAUCCAGCCCCGUGAGACUCCUACUCCCUCUUCUGGGGUGUUCAAUAUCAUCCUCCAGACCAUCGUCGCCGAGACGGGUGUCGAUUUGGCGGAGCUGACCAACGACACCGCCUUGGCUGACAUUGGCAUCGACUCCAUCAUGUCUAUCGAGAUCGCCUCCAAGGUUUCUGAAGCCUCAGGUCUCGAGCUAGCGCCGUCGUUCCUGAUCGAGAAUGCUACCAUCGGUGAGCUGCAACGUGAAUUCGCCUUGACGCCGGCCUCGUCGCCCAGCCCCGAGUCGGACGCCGCGUUGGAGGAGAGCAGUUGGGGCAGCAUCCCCGAGACAUCUCUCAGCUUCCGCGAGGAGUCGGAGUUUGUGGAUGUAGAACGCCCAUCGGACGACUUCAUUGGCACCGCAACCGCCAAAGCCAAGGAGGCACCUGUGAAAGAAGCGCCGCCGCCUGUCGAAGCCCAACUACGCCCUGAGGUCGACGACUCAUCUCCGGCGCCCAGCGUGAGGCUCACACUGCUGCAGGGAGCAGGCCGUUCAAAGGGCGCCAAGUCGAAGCCUCCGCCACCCUUCUACAUCAUCGCCGACGGCACCGGCACCAUCGCUACGUACCUUCACCUGCCUGCGUCUAUCAAGACCAAGGUGGCCAUCUACGGCAUUGACUCGCCCUAUCUGCACUGCCCAACCCGUUUGACUCCCGAUGUGGGCAUUCCAGGCGCUGCUAAGCUCAUCGUCGAGGCGCUGGUCAAGAAGCAGCCCGAGGGCGUACCUUUCUGGAUUGGAGGGUUCUCUGGCGGAGCCAUGAUGGCGUAUGAGGUCUGUCGCCAGCUGUCUUUUGCUGGUCACAUCAUCGACGGCCUCCUGCUCAUCGACAUGUGUGCCCCGCGUCUCUCCAACGUGCCCAACGACGAUGAGGUCGGUCUGGCCAUGUUCGAAGCCAUCUCUGGGCAAGACGACAGCGGUGUCUGGCAGGGCACUGAGAAUACCCGCCUGCACCUCCAGGCGCUAUUCGCUUCCGUCGCCGCCUACAACCCGCCGCCGCUGGACAGGGAAGAGCAAUCGCCCGCCAAGCGAACGGCGCUCAUCUGGGCGGAAAGGGGGAUGAUUGACCGUUGCACUCACAGUGCACGCUUCAAUCAGCUGCUGAAGGAGCGUGGCAUUGCGACUACGGCGUACCCGGGCUUUAUGGAAGACCCCAAACUGGGCGCCGUGACAUGGGGGCUGCCGCACAAGACGAGUGCCGAUCUGGGCCCCAACGGUUGGGACAAGUUUGUAGAUGGUGGAAAGCUCAUCUGUAUGUCCAUUGAAGCGGAUCACCUCCAGAUGCCGACUCCGAGCCAUGCACCGUUGCUGGGAGACCAGAUGGAUAAGGCUUUCGAUUUCUUCAAGCAGGGUUAA